AUGUCGGGAACAGUGACCCACAGGCAUCCUACCGCCACCAUUGUGGUAGAGCCUGAAGAAAAGACCAUCGCUCAUCAAGCGGGGUCCCCUGAGGCUACACCGCCCGUGGCAGGAGACGUGGAUGCGCCAGCCACAGCCUCCGGGGCGGGGACGCGCUCGGCUGCGACUCGGCGCUUUGCUCUUCCAGGGGAGACCACGGCCAGGAGCUCGGCUCCCGAUGACGUGUCCCAGACCAAGCGUUCCUCCCGCGGAGACGCCGACACUCCAUCCUACCCUGGGGUUUCUUCCACCACGACCUCACCGUUUCCAGUUUCUGCCACAUCACCAGGCAGUGGCAUGUCCUCCCCUGCUGCUGUGACCUCCGUUCUCACACCCAGGCCUGUCAAGACCACAGGUGUGAUCAGCACAAGUUCACACACGACAGCCAGUUCACCUGCAUCUUUCAGCAGCAGCACAGUGCAGAGACUGACUACUGUUCCUGAGGCGUCCACACAGACAGAGGCAACUCACCUCUCCAAAAACACAGCUGAGACCCAUGCAGGGAGCUCCAGUAUUGGACGUGACACCCCUUCCUCAGCUCACACAGAGCCAGUGGCCAGUACUCCUGAGGUGGUGACUUCUAUAACAAAAAAGGACAUGACAAUUUCCACAUCAGUGUCUGACUCUCCAGAAACUGCCGAGGAGACACAGUCAGCAGCCUCCUUCAAUAACACGGAGUUGGCCAGUAACUAUGAGAAGACCAGGUCUACCACAGAGCAGAGCACAGUCCUUUCAGAAGUGCCCACUGGGACUCCUGGUGAGAAGGUCAGGACAGAAGUCAUCACCACUGGCAACAUCGUGGACUCCACUCAGGCCACAGUGUCCCCAGACAUCUCCACAAGGAUCGUCACCACACUGCCCACCUACCCCACUGAGGAAAAAUCAGGAGAUAUUAGCACAAUUGUCCACUUAGGUUCCCCUUUGGUUACAUCACUGGCUACACUAGACAUGGACACAUCACCCACUGCUUCCAGUGAGGGGACCCAUGCAGCUGAGACCCAGGGCUAUGAAACUACAGUUUCCACAUCAAUGACAAACUUUCUGAAAACUGCAAAAAUUGAAACAGAGUCAACAUCUUCCUGGAGUAGCGUGGAGGAGACCAGCAGCUCCCAGAAGACCAGAUCAAUCACAGAGCAGAGCACAGUCCUUACUCAAGUGCACACUAGGACUUCUAGAGAUAAGAUCAAUACAGAAAUCACCACUGCUAGCAACAUCAUGGAUUCUGCUCCGUUCACGAUGUCAACAAACAUUCCCACAGAAAUUGUCACCAAACUUUCCACAACAGCCAGUCUUGAAACACCUGGAGAUAUUAUCACUAUCACUCACACAGAUAGUACCAAGAUAGAGACACAGUCAACAGCCUCCUUGAGUAGCAUGGAGACCAGCAGCUCUCAGGAGAGCAGAUCAACCACAGAGCAGAGCACAGUCCUUUCAGAAGUGCCCACUGGGACUGCUGGUGAGAAGGUCAGGACAGAAGUCAUCACCACUGGCAACAUCAUGGACUCCACUCAGGCCACCAUCUCACCAGACACCCCCACAGGAGCUGUCACCAAACUGUCCACCUCCCACAUGGUUGAACCAGCAAGAGGUAUGACCAACACUAUCCAGCCUGGUCCCCCUUUGUCUACAUCACAGGCUGCCCUAGACAUGGACACGUCAACCACAGCCUCCCAUGAAGGGACUCGCAUGGCUGAGACACAGAGGUUUACACUCUCAGUGGUGACAGCGCUCACGGAAACAGCUCCUGAUGACGUGUCCUGGACCAAAUAUUCAUCUCUGGGAGACACCAACACUGCAUCCUUCCGUGAGCCUACACAUGCCAGGUCCUCACCUUAUCCAGUUUCCACAACAUCACCAGGGAGUGACACUUCCUUCCCGACUGCUUUGACCACAGUUCUCAGUCCCAGCCCUGAGAAGGCCAUGGGCAUGACUGGCUCAGCUGUACACGCGACAGCCAAUUCACAUUUCAGCAGCAGCGCGGUGCAGACACUGACUGCUGCUCUUGAGGCCUCCACACAGACGGAGGAAACACACCUGCCCCUAGCCACAGCUGAGGCUCGUGUGGAGACCUCCGCCCCUGCACAUGACGCCCCUCCCCCUCUCCCUGCUGUGUCAGCAUCUACAGCCUCUGUUCCUGCAGUGGUGACUUCUUUCACCAACAAGGAUUUGACGAUCUUCACAACAACCGCUGCCGGAAGCACAGUGGCUGACACACAGCCAGCAUCUCCCCCAGGUGGCACAGAGGAGACCAGCAGCUCCCUGAACUCCCACUUGAUCACCCAUGAGACCGCUGUACUCUCGGAACUCACAACUGGUAGUAAAGAUGUGUCAGGUACAGAUCUCUCCUCUGACAAUCCAUCCUCCCCUGGCCCUCUUCAGUCCACAGUGCCGUCAGACAGCCCUGGGUUAGACGCAGCCAGACGGUCGACCUCUGCCAUUAUGUUGGAAACUGCAGGAGAGACCAUCACUCAUCUCACGGGUUCCGGUCUGAUGAGUGGAACGGACACGUCAGACACAGCUCCUCGUGGAGGUGCUCGCUCGGCUUCCACGCAGAGUUUUAUACUCUCAGCGAUGAGUGCUCACGGGAGCAGUGAACCUGUGGAUGCGCCCACGUCUAAGCCUUCCUCUGCUGAGGACACCAACUCUCCACCCUUCCCUGAGCCUACAUCCACCAUGACCUCACCUUUUUCAGUUUCCACCACAUCACCAGAGAGCAACACUUCCUUCCCUGCUUCUGUGACCUCAAUUCUCACUCCUGUUCCUCUGAAGACCACAGAUGUGAUCAGCACAAACUUACUCACUACAACCAGUUCACCUCCACCUUUCACCAAGAGCAGCACAGUGCAGAGAUUCACUACUCCUGAGGCCUCCACACAGACAUGGGCAACUCACUUCUCCAAAAACACGGCUGAGCCCGAUGUGGGGAUCUCUAGUAGUGGACAGGACACCAUUUCCUCUUCUCUAGCUCAUUCAGAGUCAGUGACUGGUGCUCCUGCAGUGGUGACUUCUAUAACCAAUAAGGAUAUGACCAUUUCCACAUCAUUGUCUCACUUUACGGAAACCGCCAAGAUGGAGACACAGUCAGCAGCCUCCUUGAGUAGCGUGGAGGAGACCAACAGCUCUCAAGAGACCAGAUCAACCACAGAACAGAGCACAGUCCUUUCAGAAGUGCCCACUGGGACUGCUGGUGAGGUCAGGACAGAAGUCAUCACCACUGGCAACAUCACGGACUCCACUCAGGCCACAGUGUCCCCAGACACCUGGCCAGGAAUCAUCACCAGAUUGUCCACCUAUCACACAACUCCUGCCUCCCUUGAGACCUCGGCUUUCGAGACAGAGGCACAUUCUUCCCGGACUCUUGGGCCAAGGGAAACAAGCGCCCGCCUGGGCUCCGGCUCAUCCACCCCCACGAACACGCCUGCGUCUCCUCUGUCCACUUCUCCUUCCCACAGCCCCAGGACGGACGGCACCUCUUCUGGGAAAAUAUUAGCACCAGGAGGCCAGCCUCCUUCUUCACAGAACACUGCAACGCCUCUGGAAACGCACUUUUAUGUCUCUGAUUCAGUUACAGGGUCUGCUGCUCUAGCCCGCUUCUCGCAGUCCGAGCACUCUGUGCCCGCCCCAGAGGGAACGCAGGGCCCCCGCGACGGCGUUCUGUCUCCACCUGAGCCGACUUUGGCUGGCACACCGAACACCUCUCCGGCUGAGGCCGUGAGUUCCUCUGUUCCCACUGGAAUGUCAGCUACAUUCUCUGCUAGUUCAUUUUCUGAGGCACAGUCUGGGCCUGGGGAGACUGCCACUCCAGAAAUCAUCCCUUCACCAGUCUCCACAUCACCCUCCUCUUCAACCUUCAGUAGCGCUGACUCUUCAGCUGUCCCAGCCCUCCAUGAGACUUCCUCACCAAGUGCCCCUCUUACAGUGGAUACCAGCCUUGAGGCAGAGACCUUCACUGCCAGACCCUCAGUUGUGGUCUCUACUCUGGAGACUUUGACCAGGCCAUUCAGAACCUUAUCAACCAUUGUGGCUACCGGAGUGACAGAGAAUAUUGACUUGGGAACAGAGACAAAGGUUUCUCAAGUUCUUCCAAAUUCAACACAGUUGACAAGAACUGAUGACAUCAUUGAGAACUUCACAAAGAUACCUAAUGAAGCAGCACCUGGAGGCACCGUAGAACCAACCCAUGUCCUGGCAUCCACAUCAUCAGUGAGUCUUACAGCCGCCAAGCACGCCUCAGCGGCCUCUGCCUCCCCCGGAGUGCCGCGUCCAGCAGGAACGGCCAGCACCGCCAAUGCUGCUUCUCCCGACGGCCAAGAGGCACCGGCCUCGGCGGCCACUGAACCCGGGCCAGAAACCAGCGCGGCAGGCGCCGGGACAGCCCCGGCUGUGUCCACUCGGGGGCCAGAGACCUCGCCCUCGCCGGCCGCUUCUGAGGCAGAGACCGGGGCCGCCGUCCACGUUCUCACUGUUUCCUCUGGAGAGCCUGGAGCUACGGCCUCGUGGGUCUCCCGUGCCACAGGGACGGGCCCCCCUGGGUCCAGGGCAGCCCCCACUGCGCCCCGCAGUGAGUGGGGGAGCACGGGCCCCCCGGGGACUGGCGCUGGGGCGGAGGCCAGCACGGCCGGCUCAGGCCCAGCGGCGGCCCCUGGGGUGCCAGCGUCGGAGAGCUCGCGCGCUCCCAGUCCUGGAGCAGAGGCCAGUGUGGUCGUGCCAACACUGACCGGUUCCCCAGGCCACUCAGAGGCCUCGGCCCCGUGGGCCACCUACCCGGGUGCACACAGCCGCUGGCCCACUCCAGCUCCAGCCGCCCGCCCUGGCAGCCCGGGAUGGGUGACCGCCCCAGGCCCCGGAGCGAGGGCAGAGACCAGCCCAGCUGCCCAAGCACGGCCUCUGUCCUCUGGUCUACCAGGGGUGGACGGAGCACUGGUCACCAGUUCUGGGGCGGGGAAGACCGGUCCAGCUUUCCUCACUCUGACCGCGUCCCCACAGGUCACUAGCUCCUCACCAGUCACUACCACCUCACUGGUCACUGGCACCUCACUGGUCACUAGUGCCACAGUGGUCACUAGCACCUCACCAGUCACUAGUGCCACAGGGGUCACUAGCACCUCACCAGUCACUACUGCCUCACCGGUCAGUACCACCUCACCAGUCACUGGCAUCUCACCAGUGCCCUCUGGCCACCGCGAGCACCCCCGAGACGCCGACGCGGGCCUCUGCGAGCGUGACCUCGGAGACAGGCCCGAGAUGGACGGGGCGGCCACCCGAGUGGACACCAUCUGCACGUACCUCCCUGACCCCCAGAGCCCCGGGCCGGGCCGGGAGCAACUGUACGGGGAGCUGAGCCGGCUGACCCGGGGCGUCACCCAGCUGGGCCCCUACACCCUGGCCCGGGACAGCCUCUGCGUGGACGGAUACUCCCAGCAGGCCACCAGCUCCAGCCGUGAGUGUGCCGAGGCUCCGAAGUGUCCGCGGUCUCGGGUCCCAGCCCUCAGCCUGGACGCCUCCCGCCCAGCCCCCAUUCCAGCCAGAGCCCGCCCGGGGAGCCCUCGUUUGAGCGUCCGGGCUCUCUGCCGUGUCCUCCUCUUCCGUGGCAAUGCAGGUGAAACUGCCCGUCUGGCUCUCCCUCUCCCCGCAGCCACCGGCCCCUCCUUGGUGCCCGUCACCCUGAACUUCACCGUCACCAACCUGUACUACAGGGAGGCGAUGGGGCGCCCGGCGUCCCUGAAGUUCAAUUCCACUGACCGCCUCCUGCAGGCCCGGCUCGGGCCCCUGCUCGGCCAGACCUCCGUGGGCCCCCAGUGCGCCGGCUGCAGACUGGACUCGCUCAGGCCGGAGAAUGGCGGGGUGGCCACCGGCGUGGGCUUCGUCUGCACCUUCCGGGCCGACCCAGCGGGCCCCGGGCCGGACCGCGAGCAGCUGUACUGGGAGCUGAGCCAGCUCACCCACGGCGUGAACUGGCUGGGCCGCUUCUCCCUGGACCGGGACAGCCUCUACGUCGACGGUGAGCGGCGGAGGUCGAGCUACCCUGGGCUGAGUACUGAGGACGUGGGUGAGGAGCGGUUCACCGUGAACUUCACCAUCGACAACCUGCGGUAUUCGGCGGACAUGGGCCGCCGGGGCUCGGUCAAGUUCAACAUCACCGACAACGUCCUGCGGCACCUGCUCGGCCCGCUGUUCCAGAGGAGCUGCCUGGGUGCCCGCUUCUCGGACUGCAGCGUCACCGCGCUCAGGCCUGUGGAGAGUGGCGCCAAGACAGGGGUGGACGUCCUGUGCAAGUACCUGCAGCCGCCCCGGGCCCCACGGCUACCUGUCAAGCAGGUGUUCUACGAGCUGAGCUGGCAGACCCGUGGCAUCACCCGGCUGGGGCUCUAUUCCCUGGACAAGGACAGUCUCUACCUCAAUGGUUACAACGAGCCCGGUCCGGCGCAGCCUCCCACGACUCCCGAGCCACUCACCUUCCUGCCUCCUUCGUCAGCACCUGCACGGACAGAAGCCACCACAGCUGUUGGGCAAAAGCUGAAGAGCUUCCGGCUCCACUUCGCCGUCUCCAACCUCCCGUGCUCGCUGGGACCUUUGUUGCGGAAGAGCAGCCUGGGCCCCUUCUACACAGGCUGCAGGCGGGCCGCCCUGCGGCCAGAGGAGGACGGAGCCGCCACCCGCGUGGACGUCACCUGUACGUACGACUCUGCGGGCUUCCAACUGGACAGAGAGCGGCUGUACUGGGAGCUGAGCCAGCUGACACUGGGCGCCGCCCGGAUGGGCCGCUACAGCCUCGUCAGGGGCAGCCUCUCCGUGGACGGCUUCGCACCCCAGGGUUCGCCCACCCAGCACGAGUACCAGAUUGACUUCCGCAUCGUCCACCGUGACGCCGGCAGCCCAGGCCCCGCGGCCUCAGCGCCCCAGGCCCUGCUGUGGGACGUCCAGGACAAGGUCACCGCGCUCUUCUCGCACAGCCAGCUGCGGGCCGUGUUCCGCUCCUGCGUGGCCACCAACGUGACGGUGGACUCCAUGUUGGUCACCGCCAAGGCCCUGUUCUCCUCCAACGUGGACCCUGGCGUGGUGAAGCGCGUCUUUCUGGCCAAGACCCUGAAUGCUUCUGCCCACUGGCUGGGCGCCACCUACCAGCUGGCGGACGUGCGCGUGACAGAGUUCUCCGAUAAUCUAGCUACAGAAAAGCCAACGGGCGUCCCCAGCUCCCAGCACUUCCAGCUCAACUUCACCGUCACCAACCUGCUCUACUCCCAGGACAUGGCCCAGCCCGGCGCCAGCAAACACCAGAAGACCAAGAGGAGCAUCGAGCACGCGCUCAACCAGCUCUUCCAAAAUAGCAGCAUCAGGAACUACUUCUCUGGCUGUCAAGUUCUGGCAUUCAGGCCUGUCCCCCCCAGCAACCACACGGGCGUGGACUCCCUGUGUGACUUCUCGCCGCUGGCACGGAAGCUGGACAGGAUCGCCAUCUACGAGGAAUUCCUGAGACUCACCCAGAAUGGCACCCGGCUGCGGAAUUUCACCCUGGACAGGAACAGUGUCCUUGUUGACGGUGAGGCUCCGUCGCAGUGUGUGAAUCAGCCGCUCUGUGGAAAUAUGGGGCUCCCCUUCUGGGCCAUCAUCCUCCUCUGCUUGGCGGGACUCCUGGUUCUCAUCACAACCCUCGUCUGCUGCUUCCUGUUCACCGUCUGCCUGCGGAAAAAGGAGGGCAACUACGAGGUUCAGCGGCGGCGCCUGGGCCACUACCUGCCGCACCUGGACCUGCGGAAGCUGCCGUGACCAGCUCAGCCCGAGGCCACGUCCCAGCCAGGCUCCCACGAAGCUUGACUGGACAGAAAUAAACCACAGUGGCCAGACAGAGCCUCGGAGCCCUUCUUGACUUCUCUUCUGCCAAGAUAAAAGU